AUGACUGCCUCCCUCGCCGGCAAGGCCCUGGGCAGCAAGGGCAGACAGAUGCCCACGACUGUCUCCCGUGCUACGAAACCCGUGUCCGGCAUCGAGGCUACCCUCACCCUUCGCGACGGUCCCAUUUUCCGUGGCACUGCCUUCGGAGCCAACUCCAACAUAUCAGGCGAGGCCGUGUUCACCACCUCCCUCGUGGGAUACCCCGAGUCCAUGACCGAUCCUUCGUACCGUGGCCAGAUUCUGGUCUUCACACAACCCUUGAUCGGUAACUACGGUGUUCCAUCAAACAAGCGCGACGAGUGGAACCUGUUAAAGUACUUCGAGUCACCCCACAUACAGUGUGCCGGGGUGGUGGUCGCCGACGUCGCUGAGCAGUACAGUCAUUGGACUGCUGUGGAGAGUCUUGGAGAAUGGUGUGCGCGGGAGGGUAUUCCUGCCAUCUCUGGCGUAGAUACUCGCGCCAUUGUCACCCAUCUCCGUGAGCAGGGUUCCUCUCUCGCCAGAAUCUCUAUUGGUGACGAGUACGAUGCCGAUGAAGAUGAGAGCUAUGUCGACCCUGGCCAGAUCAACCUGGUCAAAAGGGUUAGCACUAAAGCUCCCUUCGUUGUUGAGGCUCAAAACCCCAAGUACCACAUUGCCUUGAUCGACUGUGGUGUCAAGGAGAACAUAUUGCGCAGUUUGGUUAGCCGCGGCGCUAGCGUAACAGUCUUCCCGUACAAUUUCAAAAUCCAGAAGGUGGCCGACAACUAUGAUGGUGUCUUCAUCUCCAACGGCCCUGGUGACCCCACCCAUUGCCAGGAGACGGUCCACAACCUCCGGGUCCUCAUGGAGACUUCUCAGGUACCUGUUAUGGGUAUUUGCUUGGGUCACCAACUGCUCGCCCUAGCUAUUGGAGCCCGCACCAUCAAACUCAAGUAUGGUAACCGGGCUCACAACAUUCCUGCGUUGGAUAUGACAACCGGCCAAUGCCACAUAACCAGCCAAAACCACGGUUACGCUGUCGACUCUAGCACUCUGCCCCCUGACUGGAAGGAGUACUUUGUGAACCUUAACGACGGAAGCAACGAGGGUAUGCGCCACACUUCACGACCUAUCUUCUCAACCCAAUUCCACCCCGAAGCCAAGGGUGGACCGAUGGACAGCUCCUACCUCUUCGACAUGUACAUCCAGGAUGUCAUGACAUUCAAGGCCGCCCAAGAGGUCUACAAGGACAACCGUCCAUCCCAGUUUAUGCUCGACAUUCUGAGCAAGGAACGAGUAGGAGUUCAGCCCGAACCUUUGGCAACUUCUGCUUAA